AUGUCUUAUCCUAUUGAUUAUUUAAAGCAGGGAGGGAGGUUUUAUUUAUGUUGGUUGGCAGAUACGUGCCCGCUGCGAUUUACGACUAUUAGUCGCAGGCAGUUGUACUCUCAGGAUAUUCGAAAAAUAUGUGAUGAUUUACUAGAAGUUACGACAAAUGAGUCCAGUGAUCCGGCAGCAAGAUUUUCUCUGCGCUUAAGUUCCCAGUUGCUUAGGGGCCUGGUGAGACUUUAUCAAAGGAAAGUUACUGUUCUACUAGGGGAUCUCUGCAUGAUUAACGCCACUAUUUUAGAAAAAACAAAUAAAAAAUGGAUAUUACAUGACGCACCCAUAUAUACGGAGAAUGUCCAGCGUCCGAGACUUCAAAUAAUACUACAAGAGGAGCCAGCAAAUGUUGAAGAUGAAGAAGACGAAGAAAAUGUUGAAGAAUUAUUACGGAAUAGCAAAAAUGUAGUUGCUAACAUUGACGAGAUAACGCUUAAGGAACCGACCAUGCCUGAAAUUAUGUUGCUAAAUGAUGAUUUCGGCGAGCUUCACAUUGAUCAUCAGAUCGCUGAUCGUACGAUGGAGCUGAUGAUGCAAGGCGACGUGUCUGCGAUAGAUCAUAGCGUGUUCGACCUUCCCGCAGACUUCUCCGCCGAGAAGUCGCACGACAAGUCUGAGCCAGCCACUCACGACGCGCAGAUGGAAACUACAUCGGAGCACGAUGUCGCCAUGUAUCGCAAGUCCGUUGGAACCGAGCUCGUUGCAGUUGGCGAUUUUGAAAAAGGCAUGUAUGAAAUUUACAGCGUUAAUGUGAUAUUGAAAACAUUUUUUUAA